CUCUGGCUUCACAUCGCUGCUUAACGCGGAUCCAGACCGAUUUUAUCUGCUGCAUAUCUUCCAAUUCACCGUAAAUCACUCUUCUAGGGUUUGCGUGAAAUUCAGAGGACAUAUACAGACCAGGUUCUACUGCAAUUUUCCCCUCAAAGCAUUGUUAAAUAAUUAAAUAACAGCGGUGAGAUUGCUGACAGCUGAAUGUUAGCUAGAGCUGUUCAUACAGUACAACCUGAAACAUAAAUAACAACAACAUCCUCAUCUCCAUCAUCCUCUCCACUUGCAGCGGGUCACUGAACUGGUCCACUCCUGCUUUAUUUGACCAUGAUACAUCUCAACAAGCGCUGUUAAAAUCCACAUAUAUCCUGGAAACCUGCUAAAAGCGGACCAGGGGAGAAAGAGUGACUUUGUUACCUUGCUCAGGUGAAUAUCUCACUGCCCUGGACAUGACGGGCCCACGGCGGAAGGUCACCAGGAAUCAAAGUUUGUGGGGAGGAACGUUCAGCUCGCUCGGACAUGAGGAACCCAAAGACUAUAUCAAUGAGCUCUCACAUGAGGUGCUCUGCCAUAUAUUUCGAUACCUGCCCAUGCAGGACAUAAUGUGUAUGGAGUUUCUGUCACGUAAACUGCGGGAGGCAGUGACUUUGUACUUGCGAGUGGUAAAGGUGGUCGACCUUUGUGCCAGCCGGUGGUGGGAGUACAUGCCCUCAGGUUUCACAGACUCCAGUUUCCUCAUGCUGAUGAAGAAGAUGCCUGAUUUGGAGCAGCUGUAUGGUCUUCAUCCACGUUACCUAGAAAGACGGAGGGUUAGAGGUUACGAGGCUUUCAGUAUUCCUGGUGUUUUGGAGGCUCUACAGGCCUGUCCCAACCUUAUUGGUGUGGAGACAUCACAUCUGGAGCUGGUGGAGGCAAUAUGGAACUACAUGCCUCAGGUUCACAUUCUGGGCAAGUUCAGGAACCGAAACGGGGCUUUUCCUAUUCCAUCUGAGAACAAACUCACCAUUCCAGUUGCAGCUAAAAUCCAGACUCUCCAUCUUGUCGGUGUGAAUGUGCCAGAGAUCCCCUGUCUGUCCAUGCUCCGCCAUCUGUACCUGAAAUGGGUGCGCCUCACCAAGCCUCAGCCCUUUAAAGACUUUCUCUGUGUAAACUUGCGUACAUUCGUCAUGAGGAACUGUGCCGGUCCCACCAAUUCUCUAAAGUAUGUGCCUCUUGUCACCGGUCUGGCCUCCGCCCGCAACCUUGAGCAGCUGGAGCUGGUGAGGGUGCCCUUCUUAGGGGGACUGAUUCAGCAUGUGGUGGAGGACAGCUGGAGGUCAGGGGGGUUUCGUAAUUUGCACACAAUUGUAUUUGGUGCCUGUAAGAAUGCACUUGAAGUCGACUUGGGCUACCUCAUCAUUACUGCUGCUCGCAGAUUGCACGAAGUUCGAAUCCAGCCUUCCUUAGCCAAAGAUGGGGUGUUCUCUGCACUGAAGAUGGCUGAACUGGAAUUCCCCCAGUUUGAGACUUUGCACAUUGGAUAUGUUGAUGAGUUCUUAUUGCAGUGUAAAAUGAGCCAUGCUGAGUUAGUGAAAUAUGGUCUUGCUGAUGUGAUUGAGAAUCCAGGAAUCAUCACAGACAUUGGAAUGAAGGCUGUUAAUGAGGUGUUUGCCUCCAUCAAGUAUCUUGUUAUUUAUAACUGUCCACAUCUUCAUAACCCGCACAACUGGAUUACAGAUCACUCUCGCUGGAGUCGGUUGGUGGACCUCACUUUGGUGCGCUGUCAUGCUAUCAAGCUGGAGUCUUUCAGUCAGUUCAUCGAGAUGCUUCCCAGCCUGGAAUUCAUCUGUCUGGACCAGAUGUUUCGUGAGCCUCCUAAGGGGUGUGCACGUGUGGGACUCAGUGCAGGCACAGGUAUCGGUGUAUCAUCUGCCCUGGUCAGCAAUCAAAAUUCCAACAACGAUAAUGACAACAAUAACAACAACAAUCACCAGAACAAUAACAAUGCAAACAUUCCACCAAAUAACAAUGACAAUCAGGCAGAAGACGUUCCUCAACAACAUCACCGAGGUGCAGAGGAGAUUCCUGAUGUAGAGGGCAUGGUGGCAGAGCCUGUUCUUGUGACUGGUAGUCCAGCAGAAGACACCAAAAGUUCCAGCCAGACUACUAAUCCUUCACCUGAGCAGGAUGAGGAACAAGCAGGGCCUAGUGGAGUUCAGACUGCUGUGAAGAAGCAGUCCGUGGUGGUGUCAGACUCAGACAGUGAGGACGAGUACAGUCCAGUCAGGACGCAGGGUGCUGCCCGCUCUCAAGGCCAGUACACUGAGACAGAAGCCCAGGAGAAGAGCAGCACAGCUGUGACUCCACAUGGUAAAGGAAAAACGCCACUUCGUAGGCGUGGCCCACAGCCUCAUGAGCUAAGCUGUGAGAAAGGCUGUCAGGUAACCAGCGAGCAGAUCAAGGCUGACAUGAAGGCAGCCAGUGAGACAGCUGAGUGUGGGGGCAGAGAAGGAAACAGUGGGGCUGGACCUGCUUCAGGCUAUGCUUCUGGGAGCUGCGUUUGCUCCAUUCGCUGGAGGGAGGACUCAGCUAAUCAGGUGGGCCAGGGUGGGGCGGGUAGGGGGGAUGAAGAAAUGAUUAGGACACGCUGCACAUGCAGCAGGUCUCGUUCUGCCUCUGAAAACAGGACUCGCAGUGGCCACAACCAGCCAGAAGGGGGCGACAACUGCAUGCCAGAACAUCACAGCCAGGAGCAGAGAUCAGGGGGAGAUGAGAUGGAGGACAGGCACUCCAACACUCCAUCCAGAACUCAGAGCUCAUCUGAGGGCCAUGCAGGUCACCAGCAGGGCCUGAGUACAGAUUCAUCACACAGAACCCCAACAGAUGAGUUCCCCAGGAGACCAGUCACUCGUGCCAGCAGCAGACUUUCCUCUGUGCCCCUGGUGUAUGAGUCAGAGCUGCCCAAAGCAAAGCCACAGCCUGCAGUGAAGAGGAAACGUAUGGCAGACAAGUCCACCAGCACCAGUGACCCUGUGACUGAAGAUGACCACGUGCAGGUUCUAGCCCUUAAAUCUAAGAACCUGGUGGGGAUCACACUUACAAAUUGUGGUAUCACAGACCUAGUCCUUAAGGAGUGCCCCAAAAUGAUGUUUGUCCACGCCACUCGCUGUAGGGUGCUGAAACAUCUGGUAGUGGAAAGUGCGCCUAUAGUGAAUCGCUUUGACUAUGCGCAAUGUAAAAAAAUGGACAUUAUGCAGGUACUGGAUCAGAUCUUGCGAAUGCCCCCGGAAAGAAACCGCAUCAUUUACAUGAGGCCCAUGCAGCAGAUUGACUCUCUGGCUCUGGAGAAAAAGCUCUUCAGUGGUCCGUACCCAUACCAUAUUGCUAUUAUCCAUGAGUUCAGCAACCCACCUAAUGUCAGGAACAAAGUGCGUGUCCGUAGCUGGAUGGACACUAUUGCCAACAUUAGCCAAGAACUCAUCAAGUAUGAAUUCUUUCCGGAGGCCACACGGACAGAAGAGGAUGUAAAGAAGUAUCCCAGCUAUCCCUGGGGCCGAGACAUCUACACAUUAGAGGGACUAGUAGAUGGGGCACCAUACUCUAUGAUCACAGAUUUCCCAUGGCUUCGUUCUUUACGCACAGCAAAGCCCAACAGUUACGCUCGAUAUGACUUUGAGGAUGAUGAAAGCACAACUAUCUAUGCGCCACGGCGUAAAGGACAGCUAUCGGCUGACAUCUGUAUGGAAACGAUCGGCGAGGAGAUCUCAGAGCGGCGGCAGACAUGUAAGGGCGUUUUCCAGCGCGUAGUGGUCAUCUUCAUCCACUACUGUGAUGUUCGUGGAGAACCAGUGGAAGAUGAUUACAUCUAGAACAGUCACUGCUCAGCCAGAGGGCCUGGAGAUGAUGAAGGGCUCUAAUUUAGCCCUCUGCCAGGCUCUGAUCACCCCUGCUGCCUUCUGAAUGAGAACAGAGAGGCAUCUUAUACAGCCUCAGUGUUGAAUGCCAAGACAUUUCCAGUUGCCUUUAUAUCGGAGACUACUUGAAACUGAUCGCAUUGAAUAAUCCAUUGUUAACCAUUGCUUUCAUGUGUGAAGUUGAUGGACUGAUGAACUGUAGAAUAAUUGUGUCUUGUCCUUUUGCUUGUGUGUCUCUUCUCGUCAUGAAAGAGGAAUAGCAGCCUGGUACUGACUUGCUGCACCCUUGCUGUAAAGAGUUGGUGAUGGCGUCAUCAGCUGUUUGAUUUGUUAACAGUUGUGCAUGAGGAAAAAGACAUGUAGAGCCACGACAGGUGGUAAGUGAAAUCAAUUGUUUGGGUUUUGGUGGAAACAGAAAUAAAUCCCAUGGUAUAUUUCUUUUUCCUGAGCUUUUUUUUAUUUUUAUAACCCAAGCAGGAUUUUUGCCACAUAGCAUAAUGUCUUGGCUAGGAUCUAUGCCUCACUGGCAAUAUCAUCAUUCUAGAGUGCUUUUUUUUUUUUUUUUUGCACCUCAUACCUUUCAUGCUGGUGAGAGACGUUUUUCUUUUUUUUUGUCAUAUUUUAUACUUGUUUUUCAUCUCAAUGUCCCCCAGAGGUUGGUUCAUUGGUUUUGGUUAUUUGAUUUUCACUAUUAACAUUGGUGUAAAUCAGUUUAACCCAGAACCUGUUGAAGAGAUGUUGUAACUGUUUCUUGACCUUUGAGAGGAACAUGGCACCCUGUGGUCCUCCAUAGAGCUAAAAACAAAUUGUGGAAAAAAGAGAUGUGUGUGAGACAUAAGUGUUUUAUGCAAUAUUUUUUAGACCAAUCCCUUUAGUUGAAACAACAUUUUUAUGAACCUACAGCAGUAUAGUUUUAAAUCAAAAGUACAGUGCAUAACGUUACCAAGCAUAUCCCAUAUUCAUCUUCAGAUGACUUUGACGCACACUCUUUUUCACACAAGCGCUCUCUCUACUUAGGGUGAAGCAUCUUCAAAAUGGCCUCGACAAUUUGCAGCCAUUAACCUGCAUAAUAAUAUGAGACCUGUAAAAAGUACUCCAUAGUAUUACAGGUAUCUAGAUUCCUCAUUCCUUCUUUCUUGCCUAGUCCAUGUUGUAGCUAAAUGUUUUGUGUGCACAAAAGAAGAAAAAGUGGGAAUAAAACAGAACACACAAUAUGUCUUAACUGGCAGCUUGGUGCAGAAUAGAUUUUACCCACUUGUGUUUGUGAUGAGUGGUAAGGAAAACUUGUUUAAUUAGCAGAGGGUUGAGAGUCCAAGAGCUAUUAAUGCACGAACCCCCCUUCUAGCUGCUCUACUUUAUAUUUUUUCUGGGUGACCAACUCUGCAAUGCUCAGAAGCCAAGAAACUACAUGGAUUGAUUCUACACCCAUGCUGAGCACUGCAGAAACUUGUGUACAAAGCCUGUGUACAUAAAUUCUGUAUUUAAAUGACCUUCCAAGAUUGGUUUUAUAUGUUUAUAUGACGAAUAAAUAUUUCACAAAAUAAAAUUGGAAGUUGUGGCAUGACUAUUUAUUUUUAUGGUCCCACUUUACACACUGACGAGUCAAAACAUUAUGACCACUCACAAGUGAAGCAAAUAACGUUGAUUAUCUCCCAACAAAGCCACAUGUCAAGGUCUGGGUAGAUUAGUUGGUAAGUGAAUAAUCAGUUCUCAUAGUCAACAUGUUGAAUGCAGGAGUAAAGACCUGAGCGACUUUGGCAAGGUUCAAAUUGUAAUGGCCUGAUGACUGGCUCAGAGCAUCUCUGAAACUUCAAGGCUUGUGUGGUGCUCACGGUCAGCAGUGGUGAGUACCUACCGACAGUGGUCUGAGGAUUAACAAACCAUAAAAUGGCAACAGUGUGUUGGGUGCCCAAGGCUCACUGGUGUAAAAGGGCAAUGAAGGCUAUCCCGUCUGGUCUGAACCAACUGAAGGUCUACUGUGGCACAACUUGCAAAAGUUUUAAAGAUUAUUAUGGGAGGAAUGUGUUACAGUGCAUUGCACCCUGAUGCCCAUGGGGCUGCAUAGCCACAGACUGGUCAAAGUGCCCAUGAUGACCCCUGUCCACCAUCUAAAGUUUCUACAAUGGGCACGUGAGCAUCGGAACUGGAACAUGGAGCAGUGGAAGCAGGUCGUCUGGUCCGAUUAGUCCCUUUUACUUUUACAUCACCUGGUCGGUUGUGUAGGUGUGCACCUAUACCUGGGGAAGUGAUGGCACCAGGAUGCACUGUGGGAAGACUACAAGCUGAUGGAGGGAGUGUGAUGUUCUCCGAGGAAACUCUGGUCUGGCCAUUCAUGAUGUCAAUUUGACACAUGCCACCUACCUAAACAUCACUGCAGACCAGGUUCACCCGAUCAUGACAAUGGUAUUCCCUGAUGUCAGUGGCCUCUUUCUUCAGGAUAAUGCGCCCUGCCACACUGCACACAUUGUUUGGGAAUGGUUUGAGGAACACGAUGAAUAUGAAGAGUUCAAGGUGUUGAUUUGGCUUCCAAAAUCCCCAGAUCUCAAUCUGAUGCUAACAAGUCUGAUCCACGGUUGCUCCACCUCCCAAUUUACAGUAUGUCAAGGAUCUGCUGCUAAUUUCUUGGUGCCAGAUACCACAGGACACCUUCAGGGGUAUUGAGGGUCCAUGCCUCGGCAGGUUGGCGCUGUUUUGGUCAUUAUGUUUUGGCUCAUCUGUGUAUUUGUUGUCUUUAAUUACUAUGUACUAACAUUAAAAUACAUACAAUACAAUGUACUUAUUGUGUAACUAUGUGUUGUUCUGCAAAAUUCUCACAAGAUUCACAUUUGCUGCAACUGAGGAUGAGGAAUAGGUAGGUGUAGGGGUAGGGUUUGAUUUAGGAUUGGGGUUAAGGUUAACGGUGUACAGUAACUACAGAUGUAAUUAAAUGCAACAGGUACACAUGUACACUGCCAUUCAAAAGUUUGGGGUCACUUGCCUGAAAUGUUUCUCAUGAUCUUAAAAAUCUUUUGUUGUGAAGGUGUAUGCUUAAAUGUUUGAAAUUAGUUUUGUAGACAAAAAUAUAAUUGUGCCCACAUAAAUUAAAUUACAAAACUACAUUUUUAUUUAAAAGUUUUUAAGUUUUUGAAAUGAUGACGUGGACUGAAUAAUUAAGAAAAGCAGCCACUAAGUGCCCAGCAUAUAGAUGGGAACUUCUUCAAUACUGUUUAAAAAGCAUCCCAGGGUGAUACCUCAAGAAUUUGGU